UCUGAUCGAGUGCUCGACGGCAGUUGACGAAGUUUUUGCCCGGCUUUGCAUGGAAGAAGAAUCCGCGAUAGCAAUAUGGCGGAACAACAGCAACACCAUUUGCCCGGGGUUGGAGAAGUCGAGGUCGAAGUGGAGACAAUGUUAGAGCCACAGCAAGAAAUCCAGAUUGAAACACAACCUAUGAUAGCGCUGCAGCCGCUUGCUGAGCCAGAACGGGAAGAGGUUGUCGUGCAAACGAGCGAGGAAGUGAUCGAAGAGUCAAGACAACACGAAGCUUUGGACAGCCCUCCGCCACGAAACAAACGGAAAGGUAGACCAGGGCGAUACAAAGGAGCUGGGAAACAUAGCAAACUACAAGGUACGCGGGGUCGUGGGGGAAAACGAGUCGAAGACGAUGGUGAACUUGAUCAGAAAGGUACGCGAAAAUGGGAGCAGAGGCAAGUUCAAGUCAAGACGCUUGAAGGCGAAUUUUCAGUCUUGAUGUGGGCGUCUGAAGAUAAGAACCACGAUCUUGAUAACGAAGACGACCAGCCAGAUUUCUCUGAUUACAUGACGGGAAAGAAGCUGCCCCCAGAAGGCUUUCCCGGCAUCGACCUCAACGAUCCGAAGCAGCUAGCAGAAUUUGCAAGGAUGAGGCCAAAAAAGUCAAAGGAUGAUAAUGAACCUAGAACGAUUGCUUGCCCACACAAGGGCUGCACAAAGAUGUUUCGUGAUAAUUCUGCGAUGAGAAAGCAUCUCCAUACUCACGGACCGCGUGUUCAUGUCUGUGCCGAAUGCGGCAAGGCAUUUGUCGAAAGUUCGAAACUCAAAAGACAUCAACUCGUGCACACUGGAGAGAAACCAUUCCAGUGUACUUUCGAGGGUUGUGGCAAGCGGUUCUCGCUUGAUUUCAACCUCAGAACCCACGUUAGAAUACAUACAGGUGACCGUCCCUAUGUCUGUCCAUUUGAUUCUUGCAACAAGAGAUUUGCCCAGUCAACAAACCUAAAGUCACACAUCCUGACCCAUGCCAAAGGAAACAAACAGCAACAACAGCAACAACAACAAGCUCUGCAACAAAUUCAAACUGACCAUCUUAUUGAGGAACAGCCUGCAGCCCUGGAGGAAAUCUGAAGGGAUUUUCAGCUGUAAGUUUUGUGGGAAGUACAUACAAUGUAUGGAAAUAUCUCUGCAGGCUUGUUGGCAAAUGUUUCAAAACAAUUUGCAACCUUCAGGACAACGGACAGCAUGUCAUAUUGCCAUUUCGGGAGAAAUUAUUAUAACUGGCUAUCACUAAGAUAUUUUUAGAGAAAGUAAUUGCGUGUUUAGUUGGCUGAAAAGAAACAAAAUGCAUCUGCACUGUUUGUUCUUUGCUUGUAGAUUUUUUUUACCCCACUUACUUGAUGCAUUAUGACUUAAGAUCAUCUGUAAGUGAAAAUUACUUUGGUACAAUAUGUAACUUAAUUUUACCGCUUGUCGGCAGACUUGCUUUUACCAUAAGUUAUUCGUGUGAUCGUGGAAAUCACAGUUCAGAUUUUUCAGAAAUCAGAUUUUUUCUUUACAAGGAUUUCUUUUGCAUUCAUCAACAUGGUCAUUCUUACCAUAUUGUCACGUCUUAGUGAUAGCUCUCAGUUUCCAAAUAUAUAUUUAAAAAUAUGUAAACUUCAUGUGUUUUACUAAUCCAGGGAUGCUGAAGAAUUUUAACUAUAAUGGCAAUUUUUUGUCAGAAUUAACCAUACCAAGGAAUGUGUUUGUUUCUAUGGUUUUAGGAUUAAAACAGUGUAUUACCAAACCUAUAUUAUACCACAUUAGCAAAACUAGAUGAACCAAUAAAUAUCAUGUGCCAAUGGGAUGACAGUUUUAUGUCAACUGAUCUCAGAAAGAGAACUGGUCUGUGCAUUUGCCUGUGGUCCAUCCACUGAAUGCAAGUGAAUAUGAGAUCAGUUUUAAGGGUAGUUUUCGAUGCAAGCAGUGUUUUAACACAUAUGUAAAUAACUACUACUUGUUAGACUGGAAGUAAGGAUGUUAAAUAAACUACUUUAAAUGAA